GUGUGUCAAACAAGGAGGGAAGAGGACAGAAGGAACGAUAGAGACACAGAAGAGGACAGCCUGAAAAGCAUUCAUUGAUCUCGACCACAGUGUAAAGAACAAAAGGAGAGAAAAAAACUACAGUACAGUGACAUUGACCGGCAAGUCCGUCAAAGUUUUGCUGUCCAGCUACAGGCUUGGCCUCAGAGGGACUAAGAGGAAGCCUCAGCACAUACAUCCUCACAGAUCACUGGCGUAUCUAUCAAAUUGGAUGAAAGACUUUCGUUCUUGGCAUAUGGUGUCUCUUCGAAGUGGACAGCUCAUAGACAAGCAGAAGUGAGGUGAAACGAAAGGAAAGGAGGAGGAGGAACACAUAAUAUGGCAGAGGCACCCAAGAUCGAACUGUUCAUCAAGGCGAGCGACGAUGGAGAGGGCGUGGGAAACUGCCCAUUUUGCCAGAGACUCUUCAUGAUCCUCUGGCUGAAGGGUGUUAAUUUCACCCUCACCACUGUUGACAUGAAGAGGGCUCCAGAGGUGCUCAAAGAUCUGGCUCCAGGAUCACAGCCCCCUUUCCUCAUCUACAACGGAGAGGUACGCACUGACACCAACAAGAUUGAAGAGUUUUUGGAGGAGACUCUGGCACCCCCCCAGUUCCCAAAGAUGAGCUGCCGCUACAAGGAAUCCAACGGUGCUGGAGACGAUAUCUUCCACAAGUUCUCUGCAUACAUCAAGAACCCAAAUCCUGGACUCAACGAAAUGUUGGAGAAGAAGUUUCUGAAGAGUCUGAUGAAACUGGAUCAGUACCUUUUGACUCCACUCCCAUGCGAGCUGGACAAGAACCCAGACUCGUUGGAGUCAACACGAAAUUACCUGGAUGGAGAUGCUCUCAGUCUUGCUGAUUGCAACCUGUUACCCAAGCUGCAUAUAGUCAAGGUGGUGUGUAAAAAAUACCGGAGCUUUCAGAUUCCUAAAGCUCUGGCUGGUCUGACCCGCUACCUGGCAAAGGCUAACGAGCAGGACGAGUUUCGCUACACCUGCCCCAAUGACGCAGAGAUUUUGUGGGCCUAUCACUCUGUGGCCAAAUACCUCAACAAGUGAUCAAGGAUCAGGGCACAGCUAGGAAGGAACAGGAACACUGGAAUGUACAGGAGAUCAUAAACACAACCACAGCAACAAUAUACUACUACUACUGCUAGGCUACUACUUCUGCUAAUACUAUAUUAUACAGCAAAAUUGUUAUUUAUAACUGUCAUCAUGAAAUGUACAAGAACUAUAUAAUUAGAACCCUAAGUGCUGAUGAUAACACUGUUGUAGGCUAUGCAUGUGCCGUGCCUAUUGACAACAAUAUUCUGAAAACAUGUUGAAAAGACAAUAACUCAAUAACAAUGGGUAGGCCUACCUCUACAUGGACAAAAUGCUAAAUAAUUUCUUGCUGUUGUUCCUAGAUACAUUAUUAUUGCAGUUUACAGGUUUUUAUUUCUUUGGUAACAAAUUGCAGCUUAAGGCAUACUGUAUUACAGCUUUAAAGUGAACUUUGGAGAUUUGAUAGCUUUAGAAAUAAUUUCACUGUGGCAGAAGCAAUAUCUAACUCUGUAUCUUGGUUGAUAAAGAGACUUUCAAAGUUUAAUAGCAGUUUUCUAUGGGUGUGAUGUUUCGUGAAGGCGUUGUCAUUUCUCAAAGGAAAGGAAGAAGGUGGUAAUUCUGUUCUAACAUCUUUCUGACCUCCCUAUCCAGAAAAUCUAUUCCUCUGACUGAUAAACAGCCUUUGAACGUCAACAGAAAUCAAGUGAGCCAACAGAAAAUGUUGGUGUCACCUUUACUGUAAUACAGACUUAGGCUACUUAUCAAUCAAGCAUAGUUUUUCAUUACAUCAAACAAGUGUGUAUAUCUUAUUAAUAAACAUAUUAAAAUAA